AUGCCAGACACUCCACCAUAUAGCCCAACCGCGUCAAAUGCGCCGGGUGACGGCUACAGACGCAAACGGAUCCGUCUUUCACUGGCCUGCAACCAGUGCCGAAAGCGCAAAGUGCGAUGCGACACGACGCUGCCAAAAUGUCGCAACUGCAUUCUGCGCAAUGAGCACUGCGAGACUACAGAUCCACGAAAUCCUGGCAAGGGGCCAAGUCUGCGGACUCUAGCUGUCAAGGAUGGACAGGAUCAAUCGCUACACUUGGAGACCGGCCGACUUGAGCCCAACAACACGGUUGUGAGGACAAGUCCAGGUGCCGGCACGCCUCCAGAGUCAUCUGGCAACUCGGACUUGUCGCCUCGUUCUCAGGGGAUGGGGGUAGCAUCCAGAGGCAAAGGUCCUUCCUGGCUUGAACGAGCGUAUCAAGAAAACACUGCGAGUCACGAAAAUAGACAGAUACCAGUAUCGACGCCAGAUCUCGUGGUGAACACGGAUGAAACGGCUCACCGAGUCAAGUAUCUUGGUGGAAGCAGUGUUCAAUGUCUUUGUAGAUUCGUAGAUAUUCAUCUCGCUCACAAGGGAUUGGAACCAGCCAGCUCACGCUUCAAGCAUGGCAUGAGCCAGAGUGAGGAGAUUGCCCUGGCGCUGUUUCCUUCACUCCCAGACCUCCCCCCUCCAGAAGAGCUCAAUUCCUAUCUUGAUUGCUUCUUUGAUCGCGUCUGGCCAUUGUUUCCAAUAGUCGAUCGUAAUGUACUUCAGUCGGAUCUGGACCAUUUGUGGGACCCGCGCAUGGCACAACUAGGGCCCCUUUCAAGUCGUGUGAGUCCCAGCCAGGUACCAUCACUGGUCAUCAUUUAUGCAAUCAUUAGCAUUGGGGCAGACGAGAUGAACACACGGACCUCGGAGACCAGCACCAGAUACCUUGCGGCAGCAUACUCGCUUUAUGCGCAUCUUGUUGCAACUCCUUACAUUGCCAGUGUCCAGGCUCUCACUCUCAUGGCGCUGGCACUGAGAGGACAAGUCAAAGAUGGGCAGGCCUGGCACCUGAUAGGCCAAGCCGUUCGAAUAGCACAUUCGAUCGGUCUUCACAAGCCUGCAAUUCGCCGCAAUCAUGACGGGUCGGGAAAUGGUGUCACUGGGGAUGAAAAUACGCAUCCAUCACUGUUUGGUCGCAUUUGGUGGUCACUAUACAGUCUGGAAAAGCUUACCCAGCUAGAGAGUGGGCGUCCGUCCAUUAUUGACGACCGAGACGAGGACCAAGCACCGUCGACAUGUCUGCCCAUGUCUGGAUCUCAGUCAGACUACUUUACAGCAUGGGUUUCGCUCGCUCGCAUCAUGGGUCAGAUCUCGGAAUUCAUCUAUUCAAAAAGACCCGCGAGCUCGCUAGAUCUCUUUACCAAGCUGGCGACACUAGACACUGCGCUUGUGGAAUGGGACAGGUCACUGUCGGAUAAUUUGAAGCUGGGCCAAAACGUUGGGGCGAUUCGAGAAGAAGUCAACAGCCAGCAACAUCUUGCCAGCUUUCUCUCCUUGCAAUUCUAUUAUGCACACAUAACCUUGUUGCGCCCAGCAGUAAUCUUUCCACACAGCAGCUACAGAACAGAAUUGUCUAGGCACGUUGCAGUUCUCCCAUCCUACUCGAGAAUUGUCAAUGGAGCAGCCAUUUGUGCUUCAGCGGCACGUGCAACUGUGACGCAAAUGCUCAAUCUUGCCGAUCAGGGGGUCCGUUCCGUCAUACUAGGAGCCACGCCACUAUAUCUUGCAGCGGUAGUACUAGCAUUGAGCAUUCUUCGACAGCCGGCUCGCCGACUUGCACGAGCUGAUCUUGAGCUUUUGAAUCUGGCAACGGAGCAGGUGGAAGACUAUUUCUCUAGGUGGAUUCCCAACAAGGAAUUCAUUCGAGGCUGUUCACUUUUGCGUGAACAAGUCAGUGUUGCAUUUCACCAAUUUUCUGCCGAACCCCGGCUUGGAGCAACUCAAAAGGCUCGAGACUCGUCAACAGUGCCAAUGGACAGGCCAGAUGAUGCAGAUGCGGCAAUCUCAAACACUGUUCAAGCGCAACCAGAUGAUUGGCCAGAGGAACUAUUUGAAGGGCUUCAAUUUGAUGAACUCUGGGAUAUAAUGGGCUCGGACUUUUUAAUGGGAAAUGGUCAAAUAUCCAUAUAG